UCUGGAAAUGUUAUUAUAAUCAUUGUGCAAAAGAAAGCCUGGAGUCAAGAGUUGGGUUAGCAAGCAUGAAAAGUCGAUUAGUCGUCAGACCUUUGGUGGGCUCCUGUCGAUACAAGACCGGAGUCCUGUCACGCAGACUCGGGUUGCGAUGGGCAAGCGACACUUGGUCUUCUGGACCAGCGCAAAAACCUGGGUCAGACUCAGUAAAUUUUCCUGGGGCUCUGAAUAGCAAGUUUACGGCGACAAUGAAGUUUCAUAAUCCCGCCGAGCAGACCGCGAUACCAACAUACAGGAUCAUGGAUGCCGACGGCAACAUUGUCGACAAUACCAGAGAUCCUCAGUCGGCGUCUGACGAGGAAAUCAUCGGUUGGUAUAAGAACAUGCUGACCGUCAGCAUUAUGGAUUUGAUUAUGUUUGACGCUCAACGCCAGGGGCGGACCAGCUUUUACAUGGUCUCAGCAGGUGAGGAAGGCAUAGCUGUUGGGUCAGCUUCUGCCUUGGUUCCCGAGGAUGUUUGCUUUCUACAAUAUCGGGAACAAGGCGUGCUGAUACAGCGAGGCUUUACACUAAAAGAAAUGAUGAGCCAGCUGUUUGCGAACAAAGAUGACCAUGGCAAGGGACGAAACAUGCCUGUGCACUACGGCAGUGGCAAACUCAAUGUACACACCAUUUCCAGUCCUCUCGCGACACAGAUACCACAAGCAUCUGGAGCAGCAUAUGCCUUGAAGAUGCAACGUCUGAUAAAUCCGAAUGUCCCGCCGAGAAUUGUGGCUUGCUAUUUUGGCGAAGGCGCAGCAAGUGAGGGAGACUUUCAUGCAGCAUUGAAUAUUGCUGCUACAAAAUCAUGCCCCAUUGUAUUUGUAUGCCGCAAUAAUGGAUUUGCCAUCUCGACGGCAAGCAUUGAGCAAUACAAGGGCGAUGGCAUAGCCAGCCGUGGGAUGGGAUAUGGUAUCGACACUAUCAGAGUCGACGGGAACGAUAUCUUUGCUGUUCGGGAAGUCAUGCUGGAAGCUAGAACACGAGCGCUGGAAGGGGAUUGCAAGCCAAUUCUUGUCGAAGCGAUGAGUUAUCGAGUCAGCCAUCACAGCACCAGCGACGACAGCUUUGCCUACCGAGCGAAAAGAGAAGUGGAGGAAUGGAAACGAAGGGAUAACCCAAUUACUCGGCUCCGCAAGUGGAUGGAAAAGAAGGGUCUCUGGGAUGAAGACAAAGAGAAAGAAGCCAGAGCAUCAAUCCGCAAAGAGGUCUUGCGUGAGUUCUCGGCAGCAGAGAAAAUCAAAAAGCCAGCCUUGCGAGAGAUGUUCACCGAUGUUUAUGAGGAGAUUACGCCGGAGGCUCGUAGCCAGAUGGAGCAGCUGAAAGCGCUCAUCGAGAAGUAUCCGAAGGAGUAUGAUGUGUCGGUCCAUGAAGGGGGUCUGAAGAGCUUGGAAUGAUUGAAUCCAGUCUACAAUUCACGGCACUUACAGAUCGGCAUUAGGACCAAAAGACCAUCGGAUUGAAUCUCUGAAGAACGUCAUGCCUGGUGUAAACAGGCUCCAACGACAUGAAACCUGCAUUUUGUGAGGACAUGUUUGGCAAUGUUCCAGAAUCCUGGGGGUCAACUCUCCAUGGGAUGACCUGUCAAACGGCAAGGGACAAACCGGCAAUAAAUUCCCCGAUUGGAUGGGCGACAGUAUCAGCCACCGUGCCAAGCCGGGAGUGGCGGCUGGAUUCGGAGCUUGUAGGUUAGCGCCAUUCUAGCUGCAACCAGCCACCGCAAACGAAUCAUCAGGGUCCUCCGAGCCUCUCGAGUCGUCGAAUUCGAGAUGAAAAGAUAUCACCUCUUCCAGCCUCUCUUGAUUCCAUCCAAUGCAAAGCCCGUAACGCCAUUGUCACUGUGAAUAGCAAACCUGUACCAAGGGCAUGUCUCAC